CAGAAAAUCUUGAUAUGACUCAAAGAAACUAUUACAGAGAUAAUACCGACCUUUUUAUUAAAAAAUAAAAGUGUUUUUGUUGUGAGAAGAAUUACUUCACUAGAGGGCGGUAACACGCCGGAUGUUAGCUACCAUUAAACAUUUAGGAGAAGAAGAAGUAGCAAACCUAGUUGGUCUCUUUUUAAACAAUAACUACAUUGUUUUCAAAGUAUGCGGUAAUCAGUAACGCGCGCUGUGUUGCUGUUUCCUGAGCACGAUGGCUACUCAGAGAGUGCUCCCUCAAAGCAAAGAGUCUCUGCUGCAGAACUACAACAAGAGACUGAAAGAUGACAUCAGGUCCAUCCUGGACAACUUCACAGAAAUUAUCAAAACAGCAAAGAUAGAGGAUGAGACACAGGUUUCUCGAGCAACCCAAGCAGAGCAGGACCAUUAUGAGAUGCACGUCAGAGCAGCCAACAUUGUACGAGCGGGUGAGUCCCUGAUGAAGCUGGUGUCCGAUCUGAAGCAGUUCCUGAUCCUGAACGACUUUCCCUCGGUGAACGACGCCAUCAGCCUCCAGAACCAGCAUCUGCGCUCGCUGCAGGAGGAGUGCGACAAGAAACUCACCUCGCUCCGUGACGAGAUCGCCAUCGACCUGUAUGAGCUAGAGGAAGAAUAUUACUCCUCCAGGUACAAAUAGGCUCAUACUUGCCCCCAUCCCACCGCCCCUCUGUUGUCCCAUGCCCAGCACCAUGUACUGUCUCACCUUUACCAUUCGCUGCUGAGCCCAAGGAAGGGUUUCGUUCUGCCAACAUCUAAACCUGACACCUUUCGGGUUGAAUUUAUCUCAUCGUCAUAUCGAAACGGUACCAUUCAUCAACACCGAUCAUUGCUGAGCGUCGUUGUGAGGGAGAUCAUCUCACUAAGGCACUUUGUUAUUGAUUAGUAAGUGCCUUGACUUUUUUCUGCUCUGACAUGCGUCAUAAUUGGUCAAAGUAGAGAGGACGUCAGCAUUAAAGGGGAAUGCAACUGAAUAUUAGCAGUGUAAAUGUAUGCAACUCAAGUAUUUUUGAGCAGUCAGUGCAGUUUACUGAUGCAGCCAGAGAGCUUUUCUCGUGACAAGGAUAAAUGUCCUAACAGAAAGUGUCGGCGUUGAUCUGCUGCUGGGUUUAGUUCUUCAUGAUGAUGAAGUCUGCAGCAUCCAAUAGGCUUUAGAGACGUUAAAACAAAUAUUCAGGCACAUGGGAGAGAUGCAUGGUUUAGUGGAUUGAAGUAAUCCGGCCUUUGCUCCUUGUUCAUUUACUACUAAAAUGUCUUUUUUAUUGAAGUAAUGACUAGAGUUCAUUAAAAUCCAUGAUUUUAAAGCACUUGAUUUUUAUUCAUGGAUGAAUUGUUCGAUGGUUGUUAAAAAACAAAAAGCUUCUGGUUACAGCAACAGAAAGCUUUGUAGGGAACCCCCUUUACAAGAAUUACACAUUAAAAUAACUAUAUCAGAAUAAAGAUUUUAUAGAUGCAUCCAUUUUUAUUCAAGAUUAUUUAUAUGUAAUAUUUAAAUCAUAAAUGGAACGGUGAUGGUUUAUAAGGCAGAUUGUUAAGGAUGGAUUGUGGAUGAAUGUUUGGUUUAGACUGUAAAAUUAGACGCAACUGUUUGCUGUUAUUUAUUCGAGGUCAAAUCUGAAACUACUCAGUUUCUCCAGUAGAAGUGUUUUUCUGUAAAAGCAAUUGGGUAAUAGUUUUUUUUUUUUUAAUGAUUCCGUCCUUAAGACCACAAGUGACUGGAGCUGUAACCAUCACACAUGGUGGUUGUACUUGUGUACCAGUUUGUGCCAGCUGUUCCAGUAGACCCAUAAUGAUUAAGAAAUAAAGUAGAGACAAAACACUGAA